AUGAAAUAUAAACGAUGUGCGGACACAUGGAGGGUCAGACGGUUGAAACACACGCAACCAUCUUUUCAAUUUUCUUUUCCGGCAAAAUAUAUACAGACAGUUCGGUGUGGCGACACGGCAGCCAGGCGAUUUUUAAAUUUGUGUGGAACAGUAAUGGACGAUAUCUUUUUCAUUUGUAAUUAUUUUGUGCGAUGGGUUUAUAUAAGACGAAGGGGGACGUUUUUUUUUUUGUUUGUUUUAAAUAAAUCUUGUGUGGAUUACCGCUUAUUGGGCUGCUGUGCAGUCAUGAGUUUGAGCGGUCUUCUUGUUGUUGCUUCCGCCAUGCGUCUCUGCUGUACAUUUUUGUGCGUCUCUCCACAUACUCUGCUCCCUCUCUUCUACUUCUUUGCUUUGUGUUUCUGCAGGCACACACAACCACACGCACAAGAUGCACAUUGCAGUGGAUUUGAAUGCUCCUUUUGUAGUGCAUGCUGGCAGUUGCGUGUGGCGGCUGCUUUCUUCUUCCGUGGCCAUGAGGAGAAGGGAGGAGGAGAGGGAGUGCGCAGCCCGAGUCUCUUUUCCUGCGGGUGUGGUGCACCGUGUGUGGCUGCGUUGAGUUGGGCACCGUGUCCCAUUGAGGGCGGGAUGGCUGGAAAUUUUUUUGCCGCGUCAUGGAUGGAUGAGGGUUUGCUUGCGCGUGUGUGUUGUGUGGUGGGUGCUCGCUCCGUGUGCGUUGUGUGGUGGCCGCGGGUUUUUGCCAUUUCCCUGGGGCUGUAG